AUGGAUAUUCUAAUUUCUGUUGUUGGAAAGGUCUCAGAGUAUACUGUUGCUCCUAUUGGACGUCAAGCAAGUUACUUGAUACGCUACAAAGCCAAUUUCAAAACGUUAGCUGAUGAUGUUAAAGAUCUUGAUGAUGAAAGACAAAGAAUGAUGAUUUUGGUUGAAGAAGAAAGGAGAAAUGGUAAAACAAUUUUUCCAGGUGUGGAGACAUGGAUUACGAAUGUGGAUGAGGUCAUUGAAAAAGCGACUCAGCUUCAAAAUGAUCCCCGCCAUGCCAAUCUUAGGUGCUCAGCAUGGCCAUUUCCCAAUUUGAUUUCGCGUCAUCAACUAAGCAGGAAAUCCACAAAACUUGCAAAAGAUGUUGUUCAAUUUAAAGAAAAAAGGUUUUCUGGUCCACUUGGUUUCCUUCCUGCUCUAGAUGGAGUAGCCUCUUCUUCCUCAACAAGAGGUGAUGAAAAAUAUGAGACAAGAGAGACACUUAAGCAGGAGAUUAUGGAAGCUUUAAAAGAUCCUAAUUCACGCAACAUUGGGGUGUAUGGGUUGGGUGGGGUGGGUAAGACCACUCUGGUGAAGGAAGUUUCUCAAAUAGCCAAGCAACACAAAUUGUUCGCUGAAGUGGUUACAACGCGUGUAUCCCAAAAUCCAGACUUGAAAACAAUUCAAGGGGAGAUUGCAGAUAUGUUGGGUCUGCGAUUCCCUGAUGAGACUAUUCAAGGCAGAGCUGAUCGACUAAGACAGAGAAUCAAGAAAGAGAAAAGUAUCCUUAUCGUUCUAGAUGAUAUAUGGACCGUAAUUGAUUUGAAGAAUGUGGGAAUUCCAUUUGGUGAUGAGCAUAAUGGUUGCAAAUUGUUUAUGACAAGUAGAAGUCAAAAUGUGCUGGUACAAAUGGAUGUUCCAAAGGAUUUCACUUUCAGACUUGAACUUAUGAGUGAAAAAGAGGCAUGGAGCUUGUUUCAAUUUAUGGCUGGUGAUGUGGUUAACAAUAGGGAUUUGAAAGAUGUAGCAAUUCAAGUUGCCCAAAAAUGUGCGGGUUUGCCUCUUCGUGUCGUUAUGGUAGCACGUGCAAUGAGAAAUAAGAGGGAUGUCCAUUCUUGGAACGAUGCAUUAAGGAAAUUACAAUGUAAUGAUCAUGCAGGGAUGGACACAUUAACUUAUUCUGCUUUGGAAUUGAGUUACGACGCAUUGGAAAGUGAUGAAGUUAGGGAUCUAUUCUUGCUUUUUGCAUUACUUCUAGGUAACUCUAGAGAGUACUAUCUGGAAGUUGCAAUGGGUUUGGACAUAUUAAAGCAUGUUAAUACCAUGGAUGAUGCAAGAAAUAGACAUUACGCAAUAAUCAAAUCUUUGGAGGAGACAUGUUUUCUGCAUGAAAGUAAAACAAGUAGAAAUAUCGCAAUGCAUGACUUCGUUCGUGAUUUUGCUACCUCCAUAGCAAGCAGGGACAAACAUGUACUUCUAAUUAACUUUGCUGAUGAAUGGCCAACAAUUGGUCUUUUAAACAGGUGCACCCAGAUCAUUCUAGAUAGUUAUCAUCAUAUGCACGAGCUUCCUCAAAUGAUUGAUUGUCCAAGCAAUAAAUUGUUUUAUUUGAAAAGCAAAGAUCGAUCCUUAGAAAUCCCUGAUGCGUUUUUUGAGGAUUUCUGCGUUUUAGAAAAUAUGAAUGCAAUAGAAGCUUUGCAAAAUUUAGAAAUUCUUAGUUUCUGGAAAUCUUCAAUGAUCAAGUUGCCAAGAGAAAUAGGGAGAUUGACUAAAUUGAGAAUGCUUAAUUUGAGCCAUUCAGGAAUAGAAGUAGUCCCACCCAAUAUCUUAUCAAGCUUGACUAAGUUGGAGGAGUUGUACAUGGGCAAUACGUCUAUUAAUUGGGCAGAUGUGAAUUCUACAGUUGAAAAUGAAAAUGCUAGCAUUGCCGAGCUUCGGAAACUACCCAACUUGACAGCUCUAGAAUUACAAAUUCGCGAGACUUGGAUGUUGCCAAGGGACUUGCAACUGAUUUUUGAGAAGCUGAAAAGAUACAGAAUAGCUAUUGGAGAUGUAUGGGAAUGGUCUGACAUUAAGUAUGGAACCUUAAAGACAUUGAUGCUCAAACUUGGUGGUACCAACAUACAUUUGGAGCACGGAAUUAAAGCAUUGAUUAAAGGUGUUGAGAAUUUGUACUUGGAUGACGUAGAUGGAAUUCAAAAUGUGCUUUAUGACCUAAAUGGGGAAGGAUUUCCAUUGCUGAAACAUCUCCACAUCCAAAAUAAUGCAAAUGUGAAGCACAUUGUUGACUCUAAGGAGAGGAAUCAAAUCCAUGUGUCCUUUCCCAUCUUGGAAACUCUGCUACUUGAUAAUCUUAAAAACUUAGAAAAUAUAUCUCAUGGUCCACUUUCAGCUACUUCUUUUGAAAGUCUUAGUGUUAUCAAAGUCAAAAGUUGCUUCCAAUUAAAAUAUCUUUUCUCCUUUACAAUGGUUAAACGACUUUCCCACCUUUCUAAGAUUGAAGUUUGUCAGUGCAAUUCUAUGAAAGAUAUAGUACUCGAAGACAACAGUUCAAGUGCAAAUAAUGAAAAAAUUGAGUUCCUUCAAUUGCGUUCUCUGACUCUAGAACAUUUGGAGACACUCGAUAAUUUCUUCUCUAAUUAUUUGACACACUCUAGAAGUAAGCAAAAGUAUCAAGGUUUGGAACCUUACGUUUCUUCUACACCAUUUUUCAAUGUCCAGGUUGCAUUUCCUAAUUUGGAUACUCUUAAAUUGAGCUCACUCAAUUUGAGUAAAAUUUGGGAUGAUUAUUCCAUGUACAACUUGACUAGUUUGAUUGUGGAGAGUUGUGGCGGGUUGAAGUACUUAUUCUCUUCUACGGUGGUCGGAAGUUUUAAGAACCUCAAACACCUUAAAAUAAGUAAUUGUCCUUUGAUGGAAGAAAUAAUAUCUAAAGAAGAGGGAAACAAUCCAUUGAAUGAGGUUCCUUUCUUGAAAUUAGAGAAAAUAAUAUUGAAGGAUAUGGACAACUUGAAGACAAUAUGGCACCACCAAUUUGGGUCAUUGAAGUUGUUGCAUGUGAGCAAUUGUAAAAGAAUUGUGGUAAUUUUUCCUUCUUCAAUGCAAAAAACUUAUAACAAAUUAGAGAUGUUGGAGGUUACAAAUUGUGCUUUGGUGGAAGAAAUAUUUGAAUUGACUUUCAGCUGUAUAGAGGAUACAACACAUUUGAAAGAAGUUACAAUAAUUGGAUUGCCGAAGUUGAAAAAGAUAUGGAGUCGGGAUCCUAAAGAAAUUCUUAGCUUUCAAAAUCUAACAGAUGUGCAACUAAGUGGUUGUGAAAGUUUGGAGUAUCUAUUACCAUUUUCUGUAGCCACUACUAGUUGUUCACUUCUCAAAGAACUUGUGAUAAAAGUUGUUCACUUCUCAAAGAACUUGUGA